AAGAUGUCUCAGCGGGAAAAACAAAAACAUUACAAAAAUUAUUGAAUUUUAUACAUUAAUUAUACAUCUUAAUACUUGAAAUAUGACGUAGCAAACUUAUUGAAGAAAUGAAAGGUUCAGCAUUCAAAUCGUGGCAGAAGUCAGAUAAGGUUAUAAAAGAUGCCCCCGUCCUCCAUCUGCUGGCGUAUGCUAGUGGGGGACUGAGAAGACUCUAUCACCUCAUCAAGACUGACUUGGUCCCUGACCUGCCUGAGUAUGGGGCAAACACAACUGAUGAAGGUCAGUUUGAUCCAAAAGGAGAAUGUGUAAUAGGGCUGCGCUAUCGUGUAAAGGAAAUACUUGAUGCUGCUGGCCAGACUGCAGUCGUGGUAUUGGCAGAGGACUUGUAUAACAGGGACAGCGAUGUGGUCAUUAAAAUCCUACAUGCCAACUUCUAUCCAUUUGGGGCACAAGAAAGCUCCAUUCUGCAGAGGCUUGCGAGGGCUGACCCUCUUAACCACUCUCAUACUCUGAGAAUGAUUACUUCACUGACCCAUGACGACCACUACUGUCUGGUGUUUGAACCACUGGUACCCUGCCCACUCACAGAGGUGUUCAGUGAUAUCCCUCGAAGCCAGGUGUUGGCAGACAUCCGUGUGGUAGGUCUGCGACUUCUGGCUGCGCUGGGGUUUCUUCGGCAGCAAAAUCUCAUACACACUGACCUGAAGCCAGAUAACAUCCUCUUCAAACGAGCUAGAGACCUUGACAGUGUACACAUCGUUGAUUUCGGCAAUGCCCUCAACUACGUGCACAGUGAAGUAUCCCUCUACUACAAAGAUUUCCGCCUCCAGACACCACUUUAUCGGGCCCCGGAGGUGAUGUUUGGGCUCCCGUUUGGCCCCGAGAUUGACGUCUGGUCCCUCGGGUGUAUCCUCGGAGAGCUGUACCUGGGACGCCCGAUCUUUAUGGGCUCAUCACAACAGGAGAUUCUUACACAAAUAGUGAAGGUAUUGGGACCAUUUCCAGCCAGUGCAUUCAGAGCAGGAAAAUACUUUGAAACAUACAAAGAAUUUACUUCAGAAGAAAACCACACCAACAGCACGCUGGCUAUGAUGGACCACCUGCACUGUGGUGAUGUGAUGUUUGCCAACCUUAUUACUGGCCUGCUCACAUAUAAACCGGAGGAGAGGUUGACGGCAAGUGCGGCCGCCAAACAUCCUUUCUUCGCCAGCCAUCUACCUCUGUCCUUCCUGGUUGCACCAGGUGAAAAUACAAUUCCUGCACAAGGUCUGGACAGCUCAAUUUAUCCUUACUCCCCAGCAGUAGCUUAUAGCACCAAGAAAAGACAACUCUCGCCUUUGGAGCUCCUUAGAUUGGGAACAGUAGAAUUACCUCCCUUUGAUCACAAAUCUACAGUUGUUAAACCAUUGCCAAAUAGGAGAAUUGGUGGUUUUAAACAUGACGAUGGAUAUGGGAAUAACUCUAUAUCCAAUUCAAUUGAUGAAGAUAAUGAAAAAAAACAAAUUGGGGGGAAUGAUUUGUCCGUUGUAAGAAAUAUGGCCCACGGCAUCGAGAGCGGGAAGUUUUCUGACAGCGUUAAGAAGCAGAUGUCAAAACUUUUGGAUGCAAUCAAACAGGAGCAAGAUUUAGUGGAAGAUGACUUUAAUAGACGUGAUGAUAGUGGUAGAGGAGCAAGAAUAGAAACCCAUGGCAAAGGGGUUGUUAGGCCAUGUCCAAAAUAUGGGGAAGUUAGUUUUAUAGAAGUGGAAAAAUCGACAAGAGAUGACACUAAUAUGCUCAAAGAUUUCCGGCAUGAAAAUAUUUCUAAAAAGGAAAGUCAUUAUGAGACAAAAGGAGCCAGACAAAUGGGAUAUGAUGAUGAUGAUCCAGGCAAGAACAUUCCAAUAAGAAAUUAUCAAAAAACUGCUUUUGUGUCUCCGAUGAGAAAUGAUUCCCCUUGUGAGAGGAAUUUACAACUUGGGCGAAAUAAUACAGGUUUCAAUGCAAAGAAUCUUGUACAUGUCUCCGGUCAGGAUGAGAGAAUCUUACACCACCCCACUCACAAUCUCACAGCUGGGAGAAAGUCUUCAACUUGUGUGAAAGAAAUUCACCCAGCAAGAAAAAGAAGGGCAAGUGAGGUUUUUCUCAAUCAAAAUUCAGAUGAAGAAUACGUGGAUCUACUUUCACCAGUAUCUAUAAAACAUGGAGGCAAGAUGGCGAAAAGAUAUAAUAGUGGAAAUAAUUUAGAGUCAGAGAGUAGACAACUUCUUAGAAAAAAACGGGGUAUUAUAGUCCAUAGUUAUAAAAGCCAGGUGUCUGAGAAAUCUGUUCAUGGACAUCAUGGUGAAGAUUUUAUGACAAAAUAUGAGGAAAACGAGUCAUUAAGUAUUGAAAGGCCAAACAAGAAACUGAGAAGUGGAACUAUGUCAAGUCAGAGUCAGUGUCAUGACAACAGGUUUCAGGAUGAUUUUCCAUCAACAGCGAGCGAGUCAGAAGAUAACGACUCAAGGAUUCGUAGGCAUAAAAGAGCAGAGCAAGAUAAGAAUGUUAGUGAAAAUGAGACAGUCAAGAAUAACACAAGUGGGAUAGUUGGAAGAGUGACUGGCAGUAGGAUUGCUAAUGAAGAUAAGGUAUCUGGCAGUUGGAGUGUUAAUGAAGAAAAGGCAUCUGGAAACUGGAGUGUUAAUGAAGAAAGAGCAACUGGCCUUAUGAUUGCGAAUGAAGAAAAGGUAUCUGGCAGUUGGAAUGUUAACGAAGAAAAUGCAUCUGGAAACCGGAGUGUUAAUCAAGGAAGAGCAACUGGCAAUAGGAAUGUUAAUGAAGAAAAGGCAUCUGGAAAUUGGACUGUUAAUCAAGGAAGAGCAACUGGUAAUAGGAAUGUUAAUGAAGAAAAGGCAUCUGGAAAUUGGACUGUUAAUCAAGGAAGAGCAACUGGCAAUUGGAAUGCUAAUGAAGAAAAGGCAUCUGGAAAUUGGACUGUUAAUCAAGUAAGAGCAACUGGCAAUAGGGAUGUAGAUUACGAAAAUAAAUCUGGCAAAAGGAAUGUUUAUCAAAGAAAGGUAUCUGGAAAUUUUGGUGUUAAUGAAGUAAGAGCAAUUGGCAUAAGUAAUGCUGAUGAAGUGAGAACAAGUGGCAAUAGAGUCAAUGUCAGUUGGAAUGCUAAUGAAGAAAAAACAACUGGCAAUGUUCAUGAAGGAAAGACAUCUGGCAGUUCAAAUGUUAAGGAAGUAAGUGCAGUUGGCAAUAGGAAUAUUAAUGAAGGAAAGGCAGCUGGAAAUAGGAACGCUAAAGACAGAGCAACUGCCAAUUGGAAAGUUUAUGAAAGAAGAGAAACCAGCAAAAGGAAUGUUAAUGAAAGAAUAGCAAUUGGCAUUGUGAACUAUGAUGCAGGAAGAACAGCAGACAAUAGUAAUGCUCAUGAAGGAAGAGCAACCAUCUACAAGAAUGUAAAUGGAGGAAGGAAGGUAAAUAGAGUUACUAGUGGUGUUGGAGUUUAUGAGGAAAGAGUGGGAAGGUGUAGGCAUGUUAAUGAAAGAAAUAAUAUUGAUGGUAGAGCAACCGGCAGUCAUAUUGUGGACAACACUGAAGAAGAGUUACCAACACCUAUCAGAGUGGAUAGAAGUUAUUUAGAAGGUAACACAAACAUGUCGGAAAGCCCAGAGAUUGUAUACAGUGUGCAGGAUGAAAGUCAUGAAGAUAAAAGUAUGGUGGAAAGUGCCCCAAGAAAUAAGAGGGCAAGAUCUUUUAAUGUAAAAGUGAAUAUAAAUGGAGGAGUGACAGUUGGGUCAUAUAAUAGAAGAUCAAAAGAAGAUGAUAGAAAAAUUGUGGAAGAAACUGAGAUGUAUGGGAAAGAAAUGAAGCAAAAACUGGAAAGCAAUAAGAACAAUCCUAGAGACCAGUUUUCAUUUACUGGAACGCCUUUGACAGAGUUGAAGAGCUUGCGUAAAUAUGGAGGUAUAGCAGAAAGAAUUGAGCAGCAGAGGUCUAAGAACAGAAAAGGGGCAAGGAAAAGCCUUCCAUUUGACGUGUCUCCCAAUAAAGAGAAGACAGAGUUGUCUGGAAUUACUUACAUUAACUUGGUUGAUGAUUUAGAUGCAGCUGAACAGAGAAAUGUACCAACUACUGAGAAUAGUGAUUAUGAGCUAGAAAGUGAUAUUGAAAGUGUUUCUGACUAUGAAGAAAGUGGGGUUCUUGAAAAUUCUGCAAGUUCCUGGAACACUCAACAACCAGUCAGGUCACAUAAAGUUAAUCGUUCACAGUCUAGAAGCAAUAUUGAAGAUAGUCAAACGUGUAAUGUCAGAGAUGGGGCAGAUGCCAAACUCGUUAGAGAUGGAGGACGUGCGAAAUGUGUAAAAGAUGGGACACAUCCAAAACUUGUAAAAGAUGGGACACAUCCAAAACUUGUAAAAGAUGGGACACAUGUAAAACUUAGAUCUAGACAGUCAUUACCAGGAGUGGGGAAAGUGAAGAUUAAUAGACAAUUUAAUGAUACUUAUGUGAUUGAUUUUGAAAGUCCAAUGAGAGAUAACAGAAAAUGAGAGUGUAUAGAUAUGCUUGAGGCUAUCGUUUUAAUAAGUGUACCACAAAAUGUAUCAGAAUUUCAGUGAAAUGUACAGUGAGUGUCUCAAAUCAAAGCGAAAGGUGUUACUUGUGAAAAAAAAUAAUCUUUGUCAAAAUGACCCCAAAAAACUUUGGUUUUGAAUUGAGAUUUUAAAUACUCAGAAAUGUUGAUUUGAAAAAAGCGAUUGUAGGAUUGUACAUGCGAUGAAAAGAUGACUCUUUUGUCUUUAGAACUGUAUUGUAGAAAAAAAAAUUGUGCAAAUCGAAGCAUAAAAUAUAUUAACUA